UUUUUCCGAUUCUCUACUAACAGAUAUCCAAAGAGCUGUAAUCAUCAUGGAACAACCUUCCUCUUCAACUCCUUUACUUUUAUCUUCAUCCUCCUCAUCAUCUUUUUCCCCCCCUUUGCCACUCAGCCCGCGUACCAACAACGCGAUUGAAAGGACCCCAUUACCUACGCCGUCACCAGCCGUCCUUACACCAGCUCUAUCUUUAUUAGAGCGCAGGAAAAGGAGAAAUAGACAGAAGACAGAGCAAGAGAAACAGAAAGGUGACCAACUUAACGACGACACGAUAGGCAUCGUCGCGGACCAUCCGUGCGAGAAUUGCCGCAAAGCUAGAGAUGUCAAUUGCAAAUGCAUGGUCGCUCGCAAUCCAAAGAAGUUUAACUCCUGGAAAUGCGGGAACUGCCUUAGGUCCAAGCGAAAAUGCAGUUUCAACGUUGAUAACCCCGGUGUUGAAUAUGCGCCGCUGACAAAAGAAGGCGCGGAAAGUGUGGAACGCAAAAAGAAAGCUAAUGCGCGGCGAGAUGAGACGAGGCGGGCGAAGGCAGUGGCUGCUGAGGCUCAGGAAGCAGAUUACACACCCAGGGAGUUAGAAGCCGCCCAAAUUCUGGUCAGCGUGAGGACUGGGGAAAGGGGAUGGACAGCCCUGGUACGAUUAACUUGACACUAUUCGUCUGACUACGCUGUUAUCCUGUGGCAUUUGGAGACAAGGGGAAAACCUGCUGUGUAUAUAUAAUAGCAUCAAGAUCUAGUUCGUAAACCAGGGUUCCUUGCGCACUAACAAGGUCAUCAUACCCGCAUACUUGUGACCAUAACAUGCGUGCUGACUAACUCCGGUGCUGGUAAACUUUCACAAUAUUGACUUUGUUGUCACGGCAGCCGCUAUAGCUAGGAGCAUCGAUCGGAUUAAGGUUCGAGAGGAAAAGGAAAAGGGGGCGGUGGGCCGUGAUUUUCCAUGUGGUCAAGAAGAAAGUAACAAUUGAGCCUUUGGAUACAGGUUAAUGCGGUGAAGAAGGAGAGAGAAGAAG